UCCCAGUUGGGCCUUGAACUGAUUGUACUCAUUGAAGACAAUAUCGUUUCAACAUCUAUGGAUGAUAUUACUUUACCUAAAAACUUGAAUAAAAUACAAAAAAAUAUAAUAAUUAAACAAUUACCCUUACUUUUUAAUGAUUCAAUUGCAAAGAUCAAUGUGAAAGU